AUGCAGGCGGACUUCGGAUCGGGGGCUGGCGCCGUCAGGCCCGCGGCGCACGCGCUGUGGCGCGCAGCAGCCGAGCGGCUCGAGCCGAACUCGACGUGGAGUUCGCUGGUGCCAACGGGCUGUACAACGCAGGGGAAAAGGGUGAGGCACUAUCUGUUCAGCGUCGCCUGCAGGAGGCAAUUUUAUCACAUGGCGCUGACCGUCUUGAUCUACCCGGCCGAGUUCAAGGCGGCGCCCCCUGGCUUCGACGUCGCCCCCAGCAAGGCGGCGCCCCCCGGCCUCGAGCCCGAGCUCGUCACGGCCGUCAAGGCGCCCCCCGCGACGAUCCUCGUGCCCGACGGCGGCGGCGGCAGCUUCUCGGCCCUGUCCCGCGCCAUGCGCGAGACGACGAUCAAGGGCGCCCCGGCGACCAAGCCAAUGCCCGAGGCGCCCCAGGCCGGGGCAAAGCUCGCGCCGGCGCUGCUUCCCCCAGCGAGGGGCCCGCCGGCCAAGGCACCGCCCUUCGCGAAGGAGCCGCCGAUGCUGGGCGGGGGCCCAGGGCCCCUCGACACCGACGCGGUGGGGAAGAGCCCGCCAGGGGCGGUCAGCUUCGGGCUUGGCCUCGCCCACUCGCUCGCGCCGCCCGCCGGGCCCGCGUCGCAGGCUGGCGAGACCGGUGCGCAGGGCCCCAUCAAGGCGCCCCCGGCCAUCUUCAAGGCUGGGCAGACUGGCGAGAUCGGUGCGCAGGGACCCAGCAAGGCGCCCCCGGCCAUCUUCAAGGGCCAAGGCCAUCCGGCGUUCAAGGCGGCGCCUGCGGGCCUGGGCGCCGCAGGAGUACUCCGCGUGCUGACCAGGCCGCCCGGCCCCGACGCGGCGCCCGCCGAG